AUGGUCCACGCCGACGCCUCGACCUUUGCCAAGGGCGUCUCGAAGGAGGAGGCCCUGCAGCAGGUGCUCGACCAGGCCGCGGCGCUGUUCGAUGGCCAGAGAAACUGGGUUGCAAACCUGGCAAACACGGCGUCGUUGCUGUGGCACGCCUACAAGAGUCUCCCUUCUCCGAGCAAGGACGUGAACUGGGCUGGGUUCUACGUCCUCGACCCGUCCUCGCACGGCAACCGCCUCAUCCUGGGCCCGUUCAUGGGCCAGGUGGCAUGCCAAACGAUCGACUUCGGCCGCGGCGUGUGCGGCACGGCGGCGUCGACGAGGCAAACGCAGCUCGUCCCGGACGUCGACGCCUUCCCGGGCCACAUCGCGUGUGACGGGGCAUCCAAGAGCGAGAUCGUCGUCCCGGUCACGGUGGAGGUGGUCAGCCCCGAGGAGGGAGGGCACGUGGAGAAGAAGGUGGUUGGGAUCAUCGACAUCGACUGCGCCGAGAAGAAUGGGUUCAAUGAGACGGACAAGAAGUAUUUGGAGGAGUUGGCUGCUCUAUUGGGCAGGGCGUGUGACUGCACUGGCGACGUAGGCUGGACGCGUGGGGGUCAGACUGGCUACGAUGGCACAAUGUUCAUCGAGACAGAUGAGCUGCUGGCACCAGCACUGCAAUGCUACUGUCAUCUAUCCCACACUGUCGACUCUCUGUCUCUGACCUCUCUCAAGCUGCCGAUGGCUCCCUCGGUACAAAUGAGGCAACAUCUCGUCUCACCGCCUGCCCCUAUACUUGGCCCAGUAUCCACAUGGCAUAGGUCACUAUUGAUUUUGCGCAUUACCACCGUGAACGGCGGCAUGGAAGAAACAAUGCCGACGAGCUCAUGA